UCAAGCUCUUCAAGUGAUAGUUAGGGUAGGCUCAUCAUGCGCCGAUGUAGGUCAAGAUGCCUGGGACCUGCACCCGAUGCAGACUGCAUAAGGAAUAUGGGCAUCGCGAUGCAGAGAGCGGCCUGUACUGGUAUUGUGAGGAUUGCUGGCUUACCUUUUGUGGAAGGAGGCGACGAUGUGCGCUGUGCAAAGUGCUACGAGAUGAGGGACACGUAGACCAAGCUGUGGACUACUGGUAUUGUUUGCCCUGUUGGGAGCACCGGCAGGCUCCUCCAGUUGCUUACAGACCGCCUCAGUAUUGGCCACCAGCAGCGUACCCAGCCUAUCCGCAUCCUGCCUAUGCUCCAGGAUACCCCCCACACCCUGGUCUUCCUGGACCUGGUUCAAGCGCGGUCAGCUGUGAGUUCGGGCUGGUAAGCUGUGGAAAGGGCCGCUCGAGCACUCGGGCUGAGGACCGCUCAAGAAGCCGAUCGCCUCCACGAGGAGGCAAGAAGCGCAGAGCUGCCAAAGAUGCCUCCGGCUUCAAGAAGGAGUUCAAGCCAUACCAUGCGACCAGUGUGCCAAAGGCCACAGACCUGUCCACAGACGCGCAGGAAGGACCUGCUACAACAGCGAUGCUGCGAAACAUCCCGAACAAAUUUUCCCAGAAAGCCUUGCUGGAAGAGAUCGACGCCGAGGGUUUCUCGGGCUUGUACGACUUCUUCUAUGUGCCAAUGGAUGUCCGGAACAAGACAAAUGUUGGGUAUGCCUUCAUCAAUUUCUUGGACCCUGCGGACAUGUCCCGCUUUUCACAGCACUUUGAGGGCUAUCGCUUCAGGAAUCACAACAGCCAAAAAAUUGCGACGGUCAAUCCAGCCCAUGUCCAAGGUUUGGCCAGGAAUGUGCAACAGCUCACGAAGAAAGCAGUUUUGCACUUUAACAAUGGUGAGUACAAGCCGGUUGUCUUCCGCGACGGUAAACGGGUAGACUUUGAUGACUUGGCCAAAGAGUACUCCAAGAAAUGAAGGCCCCACAUUCAUUUGGUUUGGUUCUU